UAUUGCCCAUCCCACAACCCCACACAAUUCUCAACCAAAAAGCCAUCUUCCUGGGUAUCAGAAUGGCCUCCCCGACCUCCCUCACUCUCGUCUUCUUCCCCUUCCUCCUCCUCACCCUCUCCCACGCCGCCACCUUCGACGUCGUCAACCAAUGUUCCUACACCGUGUGGGCCGCAUGGGCAGGCCCCGGCAAUAUCGGCAACGGCCGGCAGCUCAACCAGGGCCAGUCCUGGACGGUCACCGUCAAGCCCGGCACCCCCAAAUCCCGCAUCUGGGCCCGUACUGGCUGCUCCUUCGAUGCCAACGGCAACGGGCACUGCCACAGCGGCGACUGCGGCAAACUCGCCUGCACCUCCUACGGCUCCCCACCCAACACCCUCGCUGAAUUCGCCCUCAACCAGAACGCCCCUCCUUACUACACCAACCUCGACUUCAUCGACAUCUCCCUUGUUCAGGGAUUCAACGUGCCCAUGGACUUCCGCUCCACCUCGGCGAGCUGCAGCCGAGAUAUCCCAUGCACCGUCGACGUCGUUAGGCAGUGCCCCAGCAACCUCAAAGUGCCCGGCGGCUGCGAUGACCCAUGCACCAUCUUCAAGACUGCUCAGUACUGCUGCCCUGAAGGUUCCAGCUGUGAGCCAACCCACUAUUCCAAGUUUUUUAAGAGCCUGUGCCCAAAAGCGUAUAGCUACCCCAAAGAUGAUCCCACCAGCCUCUUCACCUGCCCCGGUGGGACCAACUACAAGGUUACCUUCUGCCCUUGAGGCUUUGAGAGCAUGUUGUUCCAUGUAUGACUCUAUUUGGAGUAUAUAAUAGCGUUGGAAUAAGGUGAUUGUAACCAGAUUUACAGCCCAUUUCACGGGCUUGUAAUGCAGCAAUAGUGGAAUAAUAGAAACGUUGCUGUUAGUUAAUGCAAUCCCUCGAAGCUCAAUAUC